AGCUCUGAAUAACUCCAAUGUCCUGCUGCCCUGCACCUUCUCCACCUGCAUAGGCUUCCAGGACCUGGUCUUCACAUGAUUUACCACGGCAAGAUCAAGAACAAAGGCACGGAGCCCACCCGCAUCUGGCACAACCCGCGGGUGGAGUUUGUGGGCUCCACCACCAAGAAGGACAACAACAUCUCCAUCGUGCUGAACAGCGUGGAGUUCAGCGAUGCCGGCAAGUACACCUGCCACGUCAAGAACCCCAAGGAGAAGAACGCCCAGCACAAUGCCACCAUCUUCCUCACCGUGGUCCAUAAGAUGGUGGAGACAGACAACACCCUGACGCUCAUCAUCGUGGGCGUGGUGGGGGGGCUCAUCGGCCUCCUCAUCCUCUUCAUGCUCAUCAAGAGGGUGGUCCUGUUCAUCAUCAAGAAGACACAGGAUGGGAAUGUCCCCACCUGUGAGCUGGGGACGGUGAAUCUGAGCCAGCUCUCGGAGGUGUGA